UCUCUACACUGCACACCAUCGCCCUCUCCAUUAGAGAAAGCUUUUGCCACAAAAAAGUAGCUAGCAGAAAUGGCCAUGAACCCUCUCUUCUCCCAGGAGCACCCCCAGGCCUGGCCAUGGGGGGUAGCCAUGUAUGCAAGCUUUCACUAUCACCACCACUACGAGAAGGAGCACAUGUUUGAGAAGCCCCUGACGCCCAGUGACGUGGGCAAGCUAAACAGGCUGGUGAUCCCCAAGCAGCACGCCGAGAGGUACUUCCCUCUCGCCGGCGACGCCGCCGACAAGGGUCUGAUCCUGUCGCUCGAGGACGAAGCCGGCGCGCCAUGGCGGUUCAGGUACUCGUACUGGACGAGCAGCCAGAGCUACGUGCUCACCAAGGGCUGGAGCCGGUACGUCAAGGAGAAGCGCCUCGACGCCGGCGACGUCGUGUACUUCGAGAGGGUGCGUGGCUCCUUCGGCGUCGGGGACCGUCUUUUCAUCGGCUGCAGGCGCCGUGGCGACGCUGCGCAAACACCUGCGCCGCCGGCCGUCCGGGUCGUGCCGGCUGCACAGAAUGCCGGCGAGCAGCAGCCAUGGAGCCCAAUGUGUUACAGCACGUCGGGCUCAUACCCUACCAGUCCGGCCAACUCCUACGCCUACCGCCGUGUAGGAGAGCAUGAUCACGGCGACAUGCACCAUGCAGAAGAGUCUCCACGCGACACGGAAAGCAGGAGCCCAAGCUUCAGUGCAGGAUCAGCACCGUCGAGGCGGCUCAGGCUGUUCGGUGUCAACCUCGACUGCGGGCCAGAGCCGGAGGCAGACGCCACAGAAGCAACAGCAAUGUACGGCUACAUGCAUCAGCAGAGCUCCUUCGCUGCCAUGUCUGCAGUACCCAGUUACUGGGGCAGUUCAUAAGACGAUCGAUGAUGAGGAGAGAUCUGAGGCCAUGCCGAUGCCGGCAUGAUCAUAAUUCACCAAGUCCUAGCAAGCAAUAGUGGAAGAACUAGUUGCUACUGCUCUGGAUUGAGUGACAGGUUUAAAUUGUGACCUGUGGAAGGAAAAUGAAGGAAGUGGGGGAAACUCCCUUGUUUUCCGGGCAAUGCUUCUUCCUUCCAUCCCCAGAGUGUUUUUUUCUAGAUUAUUUUCUUCUUCAUCUUGUCAUCCAGAAACCCUAUUUACUGUAUGGGCCCCUGGCAGCAGACAUGGAUGGGGAGGUUUCAGGAAACAUCAAGUUGAAAAGGAGAUGGGAAUUGAAGAGACAGGCAGAGAGCUGUAUGUAUGUCAGAAUGUGUCAUCUGUCUGUAGAGUGGGUCCAAGAACAAAACUUGAAGCUGAUGUAUCCACACCUGCCUCCUCAGGAAACAAAACUUUAUCCCCAUUUCACCUCUUCUACUGUGCUUGACUACAUGAAAUCAAUUGAUGGAUCAAUGCAAUUAUGCAAUGCUUUAGACUUGUUGCA